AUGUGUGGGCAGGGACGGAGGGCAUCUGCGGCAGAGGACAGGGGUCGCUUUGGAGGAACCAUGGCUUCGGACAUGGCAACGAGGCGGCUGCGGAAGGAACUGAUGGCGAUCAAGAGGAACCCCAUCGACAAUAUCGUUGCGACGCCGAUGGACAACAAUAUCCUGGAGUGGCACUACGUCAUCACCGGUACAAAGGGGUCCCCGUACGAGGGCGGACAUUACCAUGGGAAGCUCAAGUUUCCCCCCGAGUACCCGAUGAAACCGCCGUCCGUGAUGAUGAUGACCCCGAACGGCCGGUUCGCCUGCUCCAGAAGGCUCUGCCUGAGCAUGUCCGACUUCCACCCGGAGUCGUGGAACCCCAUGUGGAGCGUGAGCACGAUCCUCAUGGGGCUCUACAGCUUCAUGCUCGACAACGCCGCGACGUUGGGCAGCGUAACGAGCUCAACCGCUCAGAAAAAAAGAUUCGCCACCGAGUCUUUGGAGGUAAACUGCAAGAACCCGGCCUUCCGCAAGCUGUUCCCUGACCUGGUGGAGCUGCACGAGCGACGAAAGUCAGAGGCCAUCGCACAUCGGAGAGAGGUGGACGCGAGCGCCUCGGCCGGCUCGGCGACAUCCGGGGCAGGGUUAACGACGGCAGUAGCAGCAGCAGCGGCGGCGGCGGCUGGGGGAGGGGCACCAUCAGGAGGCAAGGCGGGAUCGGGCGCUUCCGCGGGCGGCGGCGGUCGAGCAGCAGGAGGAGGAGGGGGCGCCGGGACGGGGGCGCCGGGGGCAGCGGGGGGAGAGUGUUUUUGCUGGGUGUCGGUGGCCGUUGCAAUGGGAGUCUGCGGGGCCGCCUACGUAUUAGCGACGGUAGAGUGA